AUGGUGAGGCAGACCACUAAUGCUUUUUCUUUUUUCUUUUUUAGAAACCAAGUGCUAGAAAUGUUUGAUCAUGCGUACAGCAAUUAUAUGGAGCACGCGUAUCCAGCUGAUGAGCUCAUGCCUUUAACUUGUCGUGGACGAGUACGGGGUCAGGAACCGAGUCGAGGGGAUGUGGAUGAUGCCCUGGGAAAAUUUUCACUGACCUUGAUUGAUACCUUGGACACUCUUGUGGUGUUAAAUAAAACCAAAGAGUUUGAAGAGGCUGUAAAAAAAGUAAUAAAGGAUGUUAAUUUAGAUAACGACAUAGUUGUAUCUGUCUUUGAAACCAACAUAAGAGUCCUUGGAGGUCUCCUGGGUGGGCAUUCGGUGGCCAUUAUGCUGAAAGAAAAAGGUGAAUAUAUGCAGUGGUACAACGGUGAACUGCUGCACAUGGCAAAGGAGCUGGGCUACAAGCUUUUACCUGCUUUUAACACCACUAGUGGUCUCCCUUACCCAAGAGUUAACUUAAAAUUUGGUGUAAGACAUCCAGAAGCACGAACAGGAACAGAAACCGAUACCUGUACAGCUUGUGCAGGUACCUUGAUCCUUGAGUUUGCAGCUUUAAGCCGAUUCACAGGAACAGCUGUAUUUGAGGAAUAUGCACGGAAAGCGCUUGAUUUUAUUUGGGAAAAGAGACAGCGCAGCAGCAACUUAGUGGGUGUUACUAUUAAUAUUCACACUGGAGACUGGGUCCGCAAAGAUAGUGGAGUUGGAGCAGGGAUAGAUUCAUACUAUGAAUAUUUAUUAAAAGCCUAUGUCUUGCUGGGAGAUGACAGUUUUCUGGAAAGAUUUAACACGCACUACGAUGCCAUAAUGAGAUACAUUAGCCAACCACCUCUGCUUCUUGAUGUUCAUAUUCAUAAACCAAUGCUAAAUGCUAGGACAUGGAUGGAUUCUUUGCUGGCUUUCUUCCCUGGAUUGCAGGUGUUGAAGGGCGAUAUCAGACCUGCUAUUGAAACUCACGAGAUGCUCUAUCAGGUUAUAAAAAAGCAUAACUUUCUUCCGGAGGCAUUCACCACAGACUUUAGAGUUCACUGGGCUCAGCAUCCUUUGAGGCCGGAGUUUGCCGAAAGCACUUACUUCUUGUAUAAGGCUACUGGAGACCCUUACUAUCUAGAAGUAGGAAAAACACUCAUUGAAAACUUGAACAAGUAUGCAAGAGUCCCCUGUGGGUUUGCUGCCAUGAAGGAUGUUCGUACAGGAAGUCAUGAAGACAGAAUGGACUCUUUCUUUCUGGCUGAGAUGUUUAAAUACCUUUACCUGCUGUUUGCCGAUAAGGAAGACAUGGUUUUCGACAUUGAAGAUUAUAUCUUCACUACAGAAGCUCAUCUGUUGCCACUGUGGCUUUCCACUGCAAACCAAACCAUCUCUAAAAAAAAUACAACUACAGAAUACACGGAGCUGGAUGACAGCAACUUUGACUGGACCUGUCCCAACACCCAGAUUCUGUUCCCGAACGACCCUAUGUUUGCUCAGAGUAUUCGUGAACCUUUGAAAAACGUGGUGGAUAAGAGCUGUCCUAGGGGUAUUUCCAGAGCAGAAGAGAGUUUGGGAAGCGGACCAAAACCACCACUGAGAGCCAGAGAUUUCAUGGCCAGUAACCCUGAACACUUGGAGAUACUGAAGAAGAUGGGAGUCAGUUUGAUUCAUCUGAAAGAUGGAAGAGUACAAUUAGUACAGCAUGCAGUGCAAGCAGCAAGCUCACUUGAUGCUGAAGAUGGCUUACGGUUCAUGCAGGAGAUGAUUGAACUCUCCAGUCAGCAGCAGAAAGAGCAACAGCUACCUCCUCGUGCUGUUCAAAUUGUUUCGCAUCCGUUCUUCGGCAGGGUGGUCUUGACUGCUGGACCAGCACAAUUUGGGAUGGACUUGUCCAAACACAAAGCAGGGACAAGAGGAUUUGUUGCAACCAUUAAGCCAUAUAAUGGAUGCUCAGAGAUCACUAAUCCUGAGGCAGUGAAAGAAAAAAUUGCUCUGAUGCAGAGAGGCCAAUGUAUGUUUGCUGAAAAGGCACGAAACAUUCAAAAAGCUGGAGCAAUAGGAGGCAUUGAGGUUUGCUUGCUUCUCCUUUGCGAUGGGAAGAACACAGACGAUAUCACGAUUCCCAUGCUCUUCCUCUUCAACAAGGAAGGCAGCAUUAUACUGGAUGCCAUCCGGGAGUACGAGGCUGUGGAGGUGCUCCUUUCCGAUAAAGCAAAAGACAGAGACUUGGAAAUGGAGAAUAUGGACCAGAAAUUGCCUGAAAACGACUCGCAUCAAGAGAAUUCAGAAGAAGCUACUGCAGCAUCUCAGGAUGCUGGUGCGGUCAGCGAGGAGCCUGAAGAAGGAGGACGUUCUGAUGCUUCUCACCCCGAUCCUUUAUCUGCUGCUCACACGGACAGUGAGAGCGUUCCCAUCUCAAAUCAGGAUUCCUACGUCCCCGGAACCGAUGGGGCUGGUGCUCCGGAGCCGGGGUGAGCGAAGGGGGCCCCCCAGCCUCAGGAACAAAAGACCGAGACGGAGUCAAAUUCCAAAGUGAACUGGGAUAACAAAGUCCAACCUAUGGAAUCCAUACUAGCAGACUGGAAUGAAGAUAUAGAAGCAUUUGAAAUGAUGGAAAAGGAUGAGCUAUGA